AUGGUUAAACAAAAACUUGAAGCUAUUCAAAGAAAUUUUCUCUGGUCUGGUUCUUCCGAGAAAAAGAAAAUUCAUUAUGUCAACUGGUCUACUGUUAGUAACCCAAAAACUCAAGGAAGAUUGGGAAUCAUAGAUUUAGAGCUAAAAAAUAGAGCUCUUCUCAACAAAUGGCUUUUGAGGUAUGCAAAUGAGCCUGAUAGGAUAUGGAGGCAAGUUGUGUCUGCCAAAAACAAGUUGAAACCGGAUUGGUUUGCUCACUCUCUCGGUGAAAGCACCACCAUCCGCUUUUGGGAAGACUUGUGGGCUGAUGACUACACUCUGGCCACCAAAUUUCCACGCAUUCAUGCAUGGGCAAUAAGCAAGAAAGCCACGAUUGCUAAAAUGGGAAGCUGGGGAGUUCUUGCAGUUGAUGACGCUAAUUGCUCAUUCCGCACCUCUCAGCUCGAGACUCCCUUUCAUGUUCUCUUUGAUUGCACCAUUGCUUGGAAAACAUGGUCUUCUUGUUGUUGCUUAUGGGGUAUCACUUGGGUUCAACCUGGUGAUGUUUUGUCUUUUUUUAGGGCAUGGUUUGAACUUCCCAUGCCUACGGGCAAGAGAGAUACAUGGAGAAUGCUCUUUUUUGCAACACUUUGGACACUUUGGCUUUGUAGAAAUCAGGUUAUUUUCAGAGGGAAAAGGUUCAAUCCAAACAAAAUGAGAGACAUCGCCUUUUUAUGCCACAUGCUUUGGUGUCAAGGGAAAUGGGACCUUGGCCAUGUUCCUACUGACUUGUGUCUCAUGGAGCCUUUUUGGUCCAACAUCAACACUAAAAGGAAGAACCAAAGAAUGGCUGCCAACUGGUCAACUCCACCACCUGAAACUCUUAAACUCAACACAGAUGGCGCAGCAAAAGGCAAACCCGGACCUGCUGGUAUUGGAGGAGUGAUUAGGGACCACCAUGGCUUCAUUCUGGGAACAUUCUCUGAAAACAUUGGUAUUGAGAACUCAAAUUUUGCUGAAUUUUAUGCCAUACGAGAAGGAACCAGCUUCUUCUUUUCAUCUCCCCGGGCUGCCACUCAUUCUCUAGUUGUGGAAAGCGACUCUGCCAAUGCUAUCAAUUGGGCGCCACACCACUGCAAAGUCCCUUGA